GAGUCAUUUGCCAGAGUUGCAGAUUGUUACCAACAGUCCCCAGUCAUAAGAGGUAAACCUGGAAAGGAAAGAACAGAGAAAAGAAAAAUAAUGUUUCUAACGAGGGAUUCACUUAUUACAGCUGCCUGACUUCUACAGACAGACCAAGCGCCGCUCUUCUGCCUGGCCAGAAUGCCACCAUUGCCAAAGAAUGGAGCCUCCUGGGUUCCUUGGAUUUUCUGUGUCCUCCUCUGUCCACUGGUUCGGCAAGGAGUAGAGGCCUUCGAGUGUGGCAAUGGGGUCUCCGUGCCUCCUGACAGCGUGUGCGACUUCACAGAUCACUGUGGGGACCUGAGUGAUGAACAGCAAUGCUCGAAUUAUGAAAGAUGUGAUUUUGAGGAUGGGCUCUGUAAUAUGACACAAGAUCAGAGUCUGAAACUUGGUUGGACAAAGAGAAAUGGAAUGACUGGUCUAUCACCUCCAUUUUAUGAUCACAAUGGUGCUAUAUCUGCCCACUUUCUCUCACUGGUCUCCAAAGUGGACUCUCCUUCAAACUUAAGAAGCCGAGUUUUUCUUCCAACGAAUAACCUGCAUCCUUGUCAGGUUACAUUUUAUUACUUCUCCAGCCAUAUGAGUGGCAAAUUGACAGCUGGCUUUCAAACUACAUGUGGGGGUCCUGUUCAACCUUUAUGGCAAAACAGAGCUGGGCCCCAACAUCAGUGGGAGAAAAAGGUCAUCAGCAUUCAGUGCUCCCAGAAAUUUCAGGUUGUUUUUCAAGGUCAAGUGAUUUCAACUCAUGAACAGGAUGAAGUCAUAGCUAUUGAUGAUAUAUCUUUCAGUUCAGGCUGCUUGCCUGCAAAUGAUGAAACUUUACCAUGUCAAGAAGCAACCAUCACAAAGCAGGAACUAUGCCAUCCUGAUACAACUUUCUGCAGAUUUGACACUACAGAUGCAGGAUUAAGAUUGUGUGAGCCCUGUGGAUUUGAAUUUGACACGUGUGGCUGGGCAUCAGAAGCAGUUGCUGGGCACGUUUCCUGGUUGCGCACAAAUGCAGGGAGAGUUCCUGCUUUAGAAUCUACAACUCAGCAUGAUCAAAGUAGUGAUGAUGAAGGUUACUACAUGUGGGUAGAAGCUAACCAUGCUUCUACACUUGACCAUUUAGACAGCAGGGCUUAUCUAAACAGCUCUGUGUGUCACUGCUGGAGCAAGAGCUGCCAUUUGCAGUUCUAUUAUGCUAUGGAAAAUAGUGUCCUGAGAGUAAGUCUGUAUAACAAUAAGGAAGAAGAAAUAUUUUGGACAUACAAUACAUCAACUCACAAAAAAUGGGUGAAAAAGGAUGUGUUAAUACCAGAAGGACUGAAGACAUUUAAGAUUAUAUUCGAAGGGGCUCUUUUGAGCCAGAGAAGUUUCAUUGGGCUGGAUCAGCUCUGGGUCUAUGUGUGUGCACAGGCCGCACCCAGAAGGUCUUGCUCUGCAGGUGAAUUCACUUGUGCCAGUGGUCAGUGUAUUGCCCAGGAAUCAGUCUGUGACUCUCAACAGGAUUGUUCUGAUAAGAGUGAUGAAGACCCGGUGAAUUGCUCCAAUCACCUCAUGUGUGACUUUGAGUCUGGUUUCUGUGGCUGGGAGCCAUUUCUCACAGAAAAUUCACACUGGGAAUUUGUGAAAGGAUUGACAAGUGGAGAAAACCAUCUUCCUGAGGUGGAUCACCAAGCAAACACAAAUCAUGGAUUGUUUAUUUAUUUGCGAGCACAUCAAUUGCCUGGAGUGGCCAAACUUGGAAGUCCUGUUCUUACGAAAUCACUUAAUGCCUCUAACCCAUGUCAGGUGCAGUUUUGGUAUCAUUUGUCUCAGCAUUCACAUCUCUCGGUUUUUACAAGAACAUCACUGGAUGGAAAUUUGCAAAAGCAGGGUGAUCUAAUUGGAAUCUCCAAAUUUCAAUGGAGACAAGCAAAAAUCAAUCUCUAUGCAAAGACUGGAGAAUCUACUUUGCCUUUUCAGUUAAUUUUAGAAGCUACUGUUUUAUCAUCAAAUGCUUCAGUUGCCCUAGAUGACAUCAGUAUAUCCCAGGGAUGUGAAAUUUCACAUAUGUCACUGCCAGGUACCAGCAUAGUAAACAAAGUUUCCAAAUGUGACUUUGAAGCAAAUAGCUGUGGUUGGUUUGAAGCAGUUAGCGGUGACCAUUUUGACUGGAUAUGGAGCUCCAGAAGUAACCUUUCUGCUGAUUUUGAGCAACAGGCCCCUCCCUAUGAUCAUACUCACAAAUCUGCUCAAGGGCAUUUUAUGUUCAUUCUGAAGAAAAGCAGCAGCUUGGCCCAAGUUGCUAAACUCCAGAGUCCAACUAUCAACCAGACAGGAACAGGAUGCACACUUUCUUUCUGGUUUUAUAACUAUGGCCUGUCAGUGGGAGCAGCUGUGCUCCAGCUACACUUGGAAAAUUCCAAUGACUCCACAGUGCUCUGGAGAGUCUUAUAUAACCAGGGCAACCAGUGGUCACAGGCAACUAUUCAGCUUGGGCGCCUCACUCACCCCUUCCAUCUGACUCUAGAAAAAGUCAGCCUUGGCAUUUAUGAUGGGGUCUCAGCUAUUGAUGACAUCAGUUUUGAAAACUGUACCCUUCCUCUUCCUGCGGAGAGCUGUGAAGGGCCAGAUCAUUUCUGGUGUGGACACACUAAGGCCUGCAUACACAGGCUUCGGUUAUGUGAUCUGGUGGAUGAUUGUGGUGAUCAUACUGAUGAGGCUGACUGUGUACCUGAACUACAAUGUAACUUUGAAAAUGGAAUUUGUAAUUGGGAACAAGAUACAGAAGAUGAUUUUGAUUGGACCAGGAACCAGGGUCCAACAUCAACACUUAAUACAGGGCCAAUGAAGGAUAAUACUUUGGGCACAGCUAAAGGACACUAUCUCUACAUAGAAUCUUCGGAGCCACAAGCUUUCCAAAACACAGCUGCUUUACUCAGCCCGAUCCUCAGUGCCACUGGAACAGAAAGCUGCACCUUCCGCUUCUAUUACCACAUGUUCGGAAAGCACAUUUACAGGCUGGCCAUCUACCAGCGAAUCUGGAGUAACAGCAGGGGGAAGCUGCUGUGGCAGAUAUUUGGGGAUCAAGGCAACAGGUGGAUAAGGAAAGACCUCCACAUUCCCAGCAGGCAGCCUUUUCAGAUUUUGGUGGAGGCUUCAGUGGGAGAUGGCUUCACCGGAGACAUUGCAAUUGAUGAUUUGUCUUUUAUGGACUGUACCCUCUAUGCUGGUAAGUUGCCAGUGGACCUUCCAACUCCACCAGAAACUUCAAUUCCAGUAACAUUACCUCCACACAACUGUACAGAUGGUGAAUUUGUCUGCAGAUCCAGUGGUCACUGUGUUGAAGAAAUCCAGAAAUGUGAUUUUAGAUAUGACUGCCCUGACAAAUCAGAUGAAUCAUUUUGUGUAAUGGAAGUUUGCAGCUUUGAAAAAGGAAGCCUGUGUAAAUGGUACCAGCCAAUCCCUGAAAAUUUAAUUCAAGAUUCAAACACAUUCCGGUGGGGUCUUGGUAAUGGAAGCGGUAUUCAUCAGGGGGAAGAAAACCACAGGCCCUCGGUGGACCAUACAAAAAAUACCACAGAUGGGUGGUACCUGUAUGCUGAUAGCUCAAAUGGAAAAUUUGGUGACAAGGCUGACAUCCUCACUCCUGUCAUUUCACGCACGGGACCAAAAUGUACCCUGGUGUUCUGGACUUACAUGAAUGGUGCCACCGUUGGCUCUCUCCAGGUACUGAGCAAGAAAGACAAUGUUACCUCUAAAUUGUGGGCUCAAAGUGGACAGCAAGGUGCACAGUGGAAAAAAGUAGAACUAUUUUUAGGCAUUCAUUCAAAAAUACAGAUUAUCUUUCGGGCAAAACGCAGUGUCAGUUACAUGGGAGAUGUAGCAGUGGAUGACAUUACCUUUCAAGAUUGCUCACCCCUCCUCAGCCCAGACAGGAAGUGCACUGCUCAAGAGUUCAUGUGUGCUAACAAGCACUGCAUUGCACAGGACAAGCUAUGUGAUUUUGUGAAUGAUUGCACUGAUAAUUCAGAUGAGACUAACUUCAUUUGCAGUCCCUCCAUUGGGCGCUGUGAUUUUGAGUUUGAUCUCUGUUCCUGGGAGCAGGAACAGGAGGAUGACUUUGACUGGAAUUUGAAAGCUAGCAGCAUCCCUGCUGCAGGCACAGAGCCAGCCGCUGACCACACCUUGCGAAAUUCGUCUGGUCAUUACAUCUUCAUAAAGAGCUUGUUCCCUCAGCAGCCCAUGAGGGCAGCCAGAAUUUCCAGCCCGGUCAUAAGUAGAAGAAGCAAAAACUGCAAGAUAAUUUUUCAUUAUCACAUGUAUGGAAAUGGCAUUGGGGCACUCACCUUGAUGCAGGUAUCAGUCUCAAACAAAACAACGUUCCUAGUUAAUCUCACUGUAGAACAAGGCAACUUCUGGCAGCGGAAGGAGCUAAUACUGUCUGGCGAGGAGGAUUUUCAACUCAAAUUUGAAGGAAGAGUUGGGAAAGGACACCACGGUGAUAUUGCACUGGAUGACAUUGUGCUUAUGAAGAGUUGUCUACCGGCCCAUCAGUCCAUGGAAGAACUAGCGGUGCCUCUUCCAACAGGUUACUGCCCACAUGGUUAUCGGGAAUGUCAGAAUGGCCAAUGUUAUAAACCAGAGCAAAGCUGUAAUUUUAUAGAUGACUGUGGAGAUUCCACUGAUGAAAACGAAUGUGGAAGCUCUUGUACUUUUGAACAAGGCUGGUGUGGCUGGCAAAACUCCCUGGCUGAGAACUUUGAUUGGGUUUUGGGAGUUGGCUCUCAUCGAAGCUUAAGACCCCCCAAAGACCACACACUUGGAAACGAAAAUGGGCACUUUCUGUAUCUGGAGGCUACUCCGGUGGGCCUUCGGGGGGAAGAAGCACACCUCAAGAGUGGUGUGUGGCAAGAAUCCAGUGCUACAUGCACCAUGAGCUUCUGGUAUUUCAUAUCUGCAAAAGCCACGGGGUUCAUUCAGAUUCUCAUCAAGACAGAGAAAGGACUAUCAAAAGUAUGGCAAGACAGUAAGCAGACUUCUGGUGAUCAGUGGCAAAAGGCUGUCAUCCUGCUAGGAAAAUUAAGAAAUUUUGAAGUUAUAUUCCAAGGUAUCAGAACAAGGGAUUUAGGAGGAGGAGCUGCAAUUGAUGACAUUGAAUUUAAAAACUGCACGACUGUGGGAGAGACUUCUGAAAUUUGCCCAGAAGCCACUGACUUUUUGUGCCACAACAAAAAGUGUAUUGCAUCCCACCUUGUCUGUGACUAUAAACCAGACUGCUCUGAUAGGUCUGAUGAAGCUCACUGUGGCCAGUACACAACCACAACAGGAAGCUGUAAUUUUGAAACAACUUCCACAAAUUGGACCACAGCCUGUGGUCUUACUCAAGACUCUGAAGAUGACUUGGACUGGGCCAUUGGCAACAGAAUUCCUGAUGAAGCACUGAGUGCAGACUCUGAUCACACACCAGGUAGUGGGCAACACUUUGUGUAUGUCAACUCAACUGGUCCCAAAGAAGGAUACACCGCAAGAAUCACUACUUCUCAGUACUUCCCGGCAAGCCUUGGAAUGUGUACUGUUCGGUUCUGGUUCUACAUGACCAAUCCCAGGAGUGUGGGAGUACUAAAGGUGUAUAUCAUUGAGGAAUCUGGACUAAAUAUCCUGGUGUGGUCAGUGGUUGGCAAUAAAAGAACCGGUUGGGUAUACGGAUAUGUACAUCUCUCCAGUCACAGUCCAUUUAAGGUGGCAUUUGAAGCUGAUUUGAGUGGCGAUGAACACAUCUUUAUUGCCCUUGAUGACAUCUCCUUUACCCCAGAAUGUGUAUUUGGAGGUCCUGUCACAACUCAGCCACCUCCGUGUGAGGCUGAUCAGUUUUCCUGUGUCUACACACUCCAGUGUGUCCCUCUCUCGAGGAAGUGCAAUGGACAGGAGGAUUGCGUAGAUGGAUCGGAUGAAAUGGGUUGUUCCCUCAGCCCUCCUCCUCAGCGCUGCGGUGAAAUGGAGUUCCCGUGCUCUACCCACGGGUGCAUCCCCUCCCUCCUGCUGUGUGACGGAGUGCCUGACUGCCACUUAAGUGAAGAUGAAUCCAGCUGCUCCAAUGUCAGCUGUUCUGCUGGAGCUCUGCUGUGCAACUCCUCUAACAGCUGUAUCCCAGCUCACGAGCGUUGUGAUGGUUUUGCCCACUGCAUGGACUUGCAACUUGAUGAAUCCAGCUGUUCAGAGUGUCCGAUAGCUUAUUGCAGAAAUAGUGGGACUUGUAUGGUGGAAAAAAGUGGUCCUACGUGUCGAUGUGGACAAGGAUGGACAGGAAAUCGAUGUCAUAUCAAAGUUCACCAUUCUACUGCAGAUCUUGCAUACUCUCAGAAUAACAUAUGGACUCUCUUGGGUAUUGGAUUAGCUUUCCUGAUGACACAUAUUGCAGUUGCCACCUUGUGUUUUCUUGCGAACAGAAAAGUACCACUAAGGAAAACUAAAGGAAGUGUUAAUUGUGCAUUUGUUAAUCCAGUGUAUGGGAAUUGGAGCAACUCAGAGAAAUCAGAGAGUUCUACAUACUCCUUCUCCAAUCCACUAUAUGGCACAACAUCAGGAAGCCUGCAGACCGUACCUAAUUAUCUCAAAUAGUAUUGUCAAGAUCAACUAUCAUCUAGCAUGCAUAGUUUAUAGAAAAUUCCAGUCUGUCAAAUGUGAUAGAAACUUAUAUUAUGCAAUAGUAAAAAAUGAAAGUUUAUUCAGAAUACUACUGUAAUUAUUACCUUUAAGAAUAAAUAUUAUCACUAAAUGUAUUGAAUGGUUUCAUGGAAUUUAAAUCAGAACCUUAUCAUCAUUGUAUAUCUGAAUAUCUUAAUAAAAUGUUCUACUUAAGUUU